GAGUCUCGCUCUAUCGCCUAGGCUGGAGUGCAGUGGCGCGAUCUCGGCUCACUGCAAUCUCUGCCUCCUGGGUUCAAGCGAUUCUCCUGCCUCAGCCUCCAAAGUAGCUGUAGCUGUGAUUACAGGCAUGUACCACACCUGGAUGAUUUUUUUUUUUUUUUUUUAGUAGAGACAGGGUUUCACCAUGUUAACCAGGCUGGUCUCAAACUCCUGACCUCAGGUGAUCUACCCACCUCAGCCUCCCAAAGUGCUGGGAUUACAGGUGUAAGCCACUGUGCCUGGCCACUCUCUAGCCAUUAUUUGAAGUCUUCAUUGAUAAAUCACUAUCCCUCACAUGAGUUCGUGAAUUUUGUAAUAUGUUAAAAUUAUUUAUAUUGACUGGAUACCUACAAAAGAAAAAAUCCACCCACCAAAGGGGCAGCCCUGAUCUAGAUACUGGGAUUUUCUGGAGGGCAGAAGAGUCGGGGACAAGCCAGCUGACCAUGCUGGAUAGAUCAGGCAAUUGGGUAGAAAAGGAAGCAAAGAUGGGAUGGGUCUUAAAAACGAGGGGUGCGUGCCUGUGUGGCAUGUGUGCCAGGGGAUCUCACUCUGUGGAAUGGCAAGGACCGUGGGAAUAGAGGUGUGAGAGGUGCGGGGCUGGGGGUUUGGGGGAGCUCUCUGAGUAGAGCAGUCUUGGCGUGGUAGGGGUCUCUAGAGAUGAGUGGGUGGAGAUGGAAAGGGACCAGUAUUGCAAAUGGAUCCUCCUGGUGGCGUGGUCUGGGGCUUCAUGGAUGUUAGUGGAGGCCGGCAGGGAAGCGAGGAGGGUGCGAAGGUGCACAGUGGGGGCAUAGGAGAUGGCCCCAUAAAGAGGGGGUGGACAGGUGCUGAGUGGAGGCCUCCACGCUGGGCUGCUGCAGAGGUGGCAUGCUCCAGGAGGGCCGGAGUGUGGAGGCCAGUUCCCAUCACCAAUGUGUCCCCACGCCUGGCUCCAGGCCUGGCCAGAGGUCCUUGACUGGGAGUGCUUUUUCUGCCCUACAGACUCACCUGCCAUGCGUGUUGCUCAGCGGGGAAGUGCUGGGGGCCCUGUUCUGGGAAAACCAUCAGUGUGAUGCAUGUUGAGCCCCUGGGCACAUGUGAGCUCCUUUAUGAGCUGCGUCCUUCAAGUUAGACAAGAAGAAACCAAGGCCGAGAGAGAGAAGAAACUUGACCAGGUUCCCACAGCUUGAAUGUGGUGGCGCUGCCUGGCUGGUGCCCCUUCCUGGAGGGGGUCUGCUGUCAUGUCCUGGAGGGCAAGGCCUGGAUGUGGGAUGGUGGGGGCACUCUUUGUGCAGCAGGUCAACACGUGCCCCUUCAGCCUUGGUGAGCCUGACCCAAAGACGGAGGGUGCCCAGGUCUGGGGGCCGAGGGAUGGGUGUCCACUGCAGAGCCCUCAGAAAUGACUGGUCCCGGAUGGCGGUCCCUGGAGAGGCAGCUCCUCUUUGAGUGGUGGGCAAACGUGGCCAUGCCCAGCCUUGGAGGCGGUGCAGUCCGACUGGCCGUCCUGACUGCUGAGAUGCAGGACUCAGCACCCAGUGUUGUCCUUGGCCAGGCGGCCAGCUUGCCCUGUGGGGCUUUGGGGUUCUCCUCUCCGAGCUUGUUUCCCCAGCAUCCUGGAGAAGCCCAGGGACAAACCCAGCCUAUGUUCCCGCUGUAAACGGUCCACAUCCCCUCCGAGCUCCCUUUGUGUGUCUCCAAGCUGGACUGCAGGGAUCAGAGCUGUGCUGCCCGUGCAGCACCCACCUGCCCCUGGGAAUGAGCGUAAUGGGGUCACAGAGCCAUCACUUGGACCUUGGUGCCCUCGGCUGGUGGCGGCCAAGGUCUCCCAGCACCCAGGCCGCUGGGAGUCUCUAAGGGGGAGGGGUGGGGCUCGACUAUCCCCUCCCCCUCAAGUUUGCUCUGUCCUGGGGCAGGCCGUAGUCCCAGUUGAGAAGCUGUGCCCCCUUGGGUGUUUUGGAGGUUCAGGGUGGGUGUUGAAAAGCCCUGGGGGAGAGCAGAAGGCUCGGGGGCCUGUCUAGAGUGUGGCAUCCCACGUGGGCGUCAGCACGGCCGCAGAAGAACUACUCCUGGGGCCCACCCAUGCCUGCUAGGCCACGCGUCUUCAGAAGUGGCCACAACUCUCCUGACGUCUCUGGAGCCGGUCAUUCCACCCAGGGGACUUCAGCUGCCACUGGACACUUCAACUGUAGGCUGCGACCUGUUCCCAGGAAGGAGAGGGCAGGCGAGGGAGCCGCGGCAGCCGUGGCAGGGUGUGGGGGACGCUGGACGGCCAGCCUCCCCUCCCCGCUCUCUCUCUCGCUUGGUUUCUGUAAUGAGGAAGUUGUCCGCAGCUCAGUUUCCUUUCCCUCGCUGAGCGCCUGAAACAGGAAGUCAGUCAGUUAAGCUGGUGGCAGCAGCCGAGGCCACCAAGAGGCAACAGGCGGCAGGUUGCAGCGGAGGGGCCUCCGCUCCCCUCGGUGGUGUGUGGGUCCUGGGGGUGCCCGCCGGCCCGGCCGAGGAGGCCCACGCCCACCAUGGUCCCCUGCUGGAACCACGGCAACAUCACUCGCUCCAAGGCGGAGGAGCUGCUCUCCAGGACGGGCAAGGACGGGAGCUUCCUCGUGCGUGCCAGCGAGUCCAUCUCCCGGGCAUACGCGCUCUGUGUGCUGUAUCGGAAUUGCGUUUACACUUACAGAAUUCUGCCCAAUGAAGAUGAUAAAUUCACUGUUCAGGCAUCCGAAGGCGUCCCCAUGAGGUUCUUCACCAAGCUGGACCAGCUCAUCGAGUUUUACAAGAAGGAAAACAUGGGGCUGGUGACCCAUCUGCAAUACCCUGUGCCGCUGGAGGAAGAGGACACAGGCGACGACCCUGAGGAGGACACAGAAAGUGUCGUGUCUCCACCCGAGCUGCCCCCAAGAAACAUCCCUCUGACUGCCAGCUCCUGUGAGGCCAAGGAGGUUCCUCCUUCAAAUGAGAAUCCCCGAACGACUGAGACCAGCCGGCCGAGCCUCUCUGAGACGUUGUUCCAGCGACUGCAAGGCAUGGACACCAGUGGGCUUCCAGAAGAGCAUCUUAAGGCCAUCCAAGAUUAUUUAAGCACUCAGCUCGCCCAGGACUCUGAAUUUGUGAAGACGGGGUCCAGCAGCCUUCCUCACCUGAAGAAACUGACCACACUGCUCUGCAAGGAGCUCUAUGGAGAAGUCAUCCGGACCCUCCCAUCCCUGGAGUCUCUGCAGAGGUUAUUUGACCAGCAGCUCUCCCCGGGCCUCCGUCCACGUCCUCAGGUUCCUGGUGAGGCCAAUCCCAUCAACAUGGUGUCCAAGCUCAGCCAACUGACAAGCCUGUUGUCGUCUAUUGAAGACAAGGUCAAGGCCUUGCUGCACGAGGGUCCUGAGUCUCCCCACCGGCGCUCCCUUAUCCCUCCAGUCACCUUUGAGGUGAAGGCAGAGUCUCUGGGGAUUCCUCAGAAAAUGCAGCUCAAAGUCGACGUUGAGUCUGGGAAACUGAUCAUUAAGAAGUCCAAGGAUGGUUCUGAGGACAAGUUCUACAGCCACAAGAAAAUCCUGCAGCUCAUUAAGUCGCAGAAAUUUCUGAAUAAGUUGGUGAUCUUGGUGGAAACAGAGAAGGAGAAGAUCCUGCGGAAGGAAUAUGUUUUUGCUGACUCCAAAAAGAGAGAAGGCUUCUGCCAGCUCCUGCAGCAGAUGAAGAACAAGCACUCAGAGCAGCCGGAGCCUGACAUGAUCACCAUCUUCAUCGGCACCUGGAACAUGGGUAACGCCCCCCCUCCCAAGAAGAUCACGUCCUGGUUUCUCUCCAAGGGGCAGGGAAAGACGCGGGACGACUCUGCCGACUACAUCCCCCAUGACAUUUACGUGAUCGGCACCCAAGAGGACCCCCUGAGCGAGAAGGAGUGGCUGGAGAUCCUCAAAAACUCCCUGCAAGAAAUCACCAGCGUGACUUUUAAAACAGUCGCCAUCCACACGCUCUGGAACAUCCGCAUCGUGGUGCUGGCCAAGCCUGAGCAUGAGAACCGGAUCAGCCACAUCUGUACUAACAACGUGAAGACAGGCAUUGCAAACACACUGGGGAACAAGGGAGCCGUGGGGGUGUCGUUCAUGUUCAAUGGAACCUCCUUAGGGUUCGUCAACAGCCACUUGACUUCAGGAAGUGAAAAGAAACUCAGGCGAAACCAAAACUAUAUGAACAUUCUCCGGUUCCUGGCCCUGGGCGACAAGAAGCUGAGUCCCUUUAACAUCACUCACCGCUUCACGCACCUCUUCUGGUUUGGGGAUCUUAACUACCGUGUGGAUCUGCCUACCUGGGAGGCAGAAACCAUCAUCCAGAAAAUCAAGCAGCAGCAGUAUGCAGACCUCCUGUCCCACGACCAGCUGCUCACAGAGAGGAGGGAGCAGAAGGUCUUCCUACACUUCGAGGAGGAAGAAAUCACAUUUGCCCCAACCUACCGUUUUGAAAGACUGACUCGGGACAAAUAUGCCUACACCAAGCAGAAAGCGACAGGGAUGAAGUACAACUUGCCUUCCUGGUGUGACCGAGUCCUCUGGAAGUCUUAUCCCCUGGUGCACGUGGUGUGUCAGUCUUAUGGCAGUACCAGCGACAUCAUGACGAGUGACCACAGCCCUGUCUUUGCCACAUUUGAGGCAGGGGUCACUUCCCAGUUUGUCUCCAAGAACGGUCCCGGGACUGUCGACAGCCAAGGACAGAUUGAGUUUCUCAGGUGCUGCGCCACGUUGAAGACCAAGUCCCAGACCAAAUUCUACCUGGAGUUCCACUCGAGCUGCCUGGAGAGUUUUGUCAAGAGUCAGGAAGGAGAAAAUGAAGAAGGAAGUGAGGGGGAGCUGGUGGUGAAGUUUGCUGAGACUCUUCCAAAGCUGAAGCCCAUUAUCUCUGACCCUGAGUACCUGCUAGACCAGCACAUCCUCAUCAGCAUCAAGUCCUCUGACAGCGACGAAUCCUAUGGCGAGGGCUGCAUUGCCCUUCGGUUAGAGGCCACAGAAACGCAGCUGCCCAUCUACACGCCUCUCACCCACCAUGGGGAGUUGACAGGCCACUUCCGGGGGGAGAUCAAGCUGCAGACCUCUCAGGGCAAGACGAGGGAGAAGCUCUAUGACUUCGUGAAGACGGAGCGUGAUGAGUCCAGUGGGCCAAAGACCCUGAAGAGCCUCACCAGCCACGACCCCAUGAAGCAGUGGGAAGCCACCAGCAGGGCCCCUCCGUGCAGUGGCUCCAGCAUCACCGAAAUCAUCAACCCCAACUACAUGGGAGUGGGGCCAUUCGGGUCACCAAUGCCCCCGCACGUGAAGCAGACCUUGUCCCCUGACCAGCAGCCCACAGCCUGGAGCUACGACCAGCCACCCAAGGAAUCCCCGCUGGGGCCCUGCAGGGGAGAAAGUCCUCCGACACCUCCCUGCCAGCCGCCCAUAUCACCCAAGAAGUUUUUACCCUCGACAGCAAACCGGGGUCUCCCCCCAAGGACACAGGACUCAAGGCCCAGUGACCUGGGGAAGAACGCAGCGGACACACUGCCUCAGGAGGACCUGCCGCUGACAAAGCCCGAGAUGUUUGAGAACCCCCUGUAUGGGUCCGUGAGUUCCUUCCCUAAGCCUGCUCCCAGGAAGGACCAGGAAUCCCCCAAAAUGCCGCGGAAGGAACCCCCGCCCUGCCCGGAACCCGGCAUCUUGUCGCCCAGCAUCAUGCUCACCAAAGCCCAGGAGGCUGAUCGCGGCGAGGGGCCCGGCAAGCAGGUGCCCGCACCCCGGCUGCGCUCCUUCACCUGCUCGUCCUCUGCCGAGGGCAGGGCGGCCGGCGGGGACAAGAGCCAAGGGAAGCCCAAGACCCCGGUCAGCUCCCAGGCCCCGGUGCCUGCCAAGAGGCCCAUCAAGCCUUCCAGAUCGGAAAUGAACCAGCAGACCCCGCCCACCCCGACGCCGCGGCCGCCGCUGCCAGUCAAGAGCCCGGCGGUGCUGCACCUCCAGCACUCCAAGGGCCGCGACUACCGCGACAACACCGAGCUCCCGCACCACGGCAAGCACCGGCCGGAGGAGGGGCCCCCAGGGCCUCUAGGCAGGACUGCCAUGCAGUGAAGCCCUCCGUGAGCUGCCAGUAAGUCGGGAGCCCAGAGGAACAGCGCGAAGCCACUGGACCCUCUCCCGGGACCUCCUGCUGGCUCCUCCUGCCCAGCUCCCUAUGCAAGGCUUUGUGUUUUCAGGCAAGGGCCUAGCUUCUGUGUGGCCCACGGAGUUCACUGCCUGUGAGACUUGGCACCAAGUGCUGAGGCUGGAAGAAAAACGCACACCAGAUGGGCAACAAACGUUCUGGGUCCCCAGCUUGCUCUUGGUACUUGGAACCCCAGUGCCUUGUUGAGGGCGCCGUUCUGAAGAAAGGAACUGCAGCGCCGAUUCGAGAGUGGAGAUAUAAAUAAUAAUAAUAUUAAUAAUAAUAGUGGCCACAUGGAUCGAACACUCACGAUGUGCCAAGUGCUGUGCUAAGUGCUUUACAAACGUUCGUCAUAUGAGGAUGACCUCGAGAGCUGAGGCUCUAGCCACCUAAAACCACGUGCCCAAACCCACCAGUUUAAAACGGUGUGUGUUCAGAGGGGUGAAAGCAUUAAGAAGCCCAGUGCCCUCCUGGAGUGAGACAAGGGCUCGGCCUUAAGGAGCUGAAGAGUCUGGGUAGCUUGUUUAGGGUACAAGAAGCCUGUUCUGUCCAGCUUCAGUGACACAAGCUGCUUUAGCUAAAGUCCCGGGGGUUCCGGCAUCGCUGGGCUGAGAGCAGGGAUCUACCUGGCUUCUCAGUUCUUUAGUUGGACGGAGCAGGAAAUCAGCUCCUACUCUCCAGUGGAGAGAUCUGGCCUCAGCCUGGGCUAGAGAUGCCAAGGCCCGUGCCAGGUUCCCUGUGCCUUCCUCGAGGUGGGCAGCCAUCACCAGCCACAGUUAAGCCAAGCCCCCCAACACGUAUUCCAUCGUGCUGAUAGAAGAGUCUUUGCUGUGGCUCCCGAAAGCCGUGCUCUCCAGCCUAGCUGCCAGGGAGGGUGGGCCUCUUGGUUCCAGGCUCUUGAAAUAGUGCAGCCUUUUCUUCCUAUCUCUGUGGCUUUCAGCUCUGCUUCCUUGGUUAUUAGGAGAAUAGAUGGGUGAUGUCUUUCCUUAUGUUGCUUUUUCAACAUAGCAGAAUUAAUGUAGGGAGCUAAAUCCAGCGGUAUGUGUUAACGCAGAAGGGUAUGCGCCCCACAUUCCCAUGGUGGAAGUCUGCGUGACCAAUAAAUUGUGCCUUUCUCACUCA